AUGACGAACAACCAACGUGUCCUCGACAAGUCUUGGUUCGAAGACCCCCAUGGGUCAGACGUUCCCCAGUCCCUAAUUCCAUAUUGCAAGACAUGGCGUCAAUGUGUGAUCACGCUGGGUGGCGAUCGUGUCUUCUCCACCGCCAUGGUCCGGACUCUCCUUGACUCCCAACAACCGCGGCUAGUCAUGCGGUUCAAGGGUCCAGAAAAAAGACAAAUCAUUGUCCCAUUCCAAGCAUGCCGGAUUGAAGCUGGACUGGAAGGCGAGAGCGCCGUAGCCAAUGACUUUGUUGGGCAACACCGGCAGCAAUACCCCACAGUCCUCAACCCCCAAAGGCCUCUAUACUACUUCAUUAUCCGUUGCCACGAGGAGCCUGUGGUCGUAAGGACUCAGUCCCAGCAAGAUAGCGAUAUCUCACCCGAUUUGGAAGCACUCGCCGACAUUCAGUGGUGCUCCACGGAUGUGACUGUCUGGCUGGAGUGCCACCAGAAUGACGCUCGCAUCGUGCCUGAUAUCCUGCGAUGGGUCGAGCAACUGAAUGGAUUGGCCCAACAGCACUGCGAUGCCGGGAAACGAAGUCAAGCUUUCUGGUACUACAGAGAGGCCAAGGCUGAUGAAAAAUCAGGUUGUCGACCACCAAUGCCUUGGCUUUUCUCUGGAAUGGACCGAAGAUCAUAUAAAGAAUGGGAGCCGCAAGACCCCUUUUUUAUUGAUGACCACGACCGGUGCUGCAGAUUGAUACAGUCUUCUCUGAAUGAGAAAGAGGUGCAACGCCAGAUAGUCACCCGCGUCUUUAACCCCAGCCGGCGACACACAGCUUGGAUUACGGGGGGGGCAACCGGAUGCUACAUAAACAUCAAGCUCCGGACAGCUGACGGCGAGGAUGAGUUCACUGUCCCUGAGAUAAUGGAGGGCACCGAGGUCAAGUUCCAGCUCGUGACGGACUCUUCCAAGAACUAUUCGGACGGGGAGCUGGAUUCAACCGGUCGUGUUGUCGAUCACGAUCCUACUGCCGACCUGACUGUACUCGCAACCAGAGGGGUUCCUUUGCAAUACCAGAACGCUGAAGAAGUUGGCAUCGUCACUAAGAUUCAACCAAAUACGGUGCCAAUAGAAGCCCAAAUAGACGCUCUGCACGAAGCCAGCCGUGUCAAGGUUUGGGGCGAUCAGGAUGGGAAGGAGAGGCAGGGAUUCUCCCUGAAACGAACGCUCCUCGCCCACGGUAUCGAGCUUGAUCCUCACAACGCUGGGUACUUUAUCCUGAACGCAACUCAGAUCUCCGAGCUUUCGGGCGAAGAAAUCGAGCGGCGUCUGGAGUACAUCAUGUCUCGAUUUCCCCUCGAUGAGGCACAGGAACGGGCGUUCCGGACGUCGACGACCCAGAUCGUCUGUGGCGUCAACCUCAUCCAAGGGCCACCGGGAACUGGAAAGACACGUACGGCCAUGGUAAUUAUCCUAGUACUUGCUUCUCUGGGAUUGAAGGUUCUUCUCGCUGCUGGGUCCAACAAGGGCGUCGACAAUUUAGCCGAGGCCCUCGUUAAAGCCCUGGAGGGAGACUCGUAUCUGCAGGCUUGGUGUGGCCGAGCAUGUCGGCUUCGCACACCGGCCCAUCAGCUCAACCAAUUGCGGAGCAACAGCGCCGAUGAGAGUCAAUCGAGACAAGCACGCCGUGCCCGAGCUGCGGAAAAUCAAACUCUCGAGCGCGUCCAAAUGCACAAUUUGGUCAGGGACUACGCGUCGACAAACCGCGCCACCAACCCAAAAUGCGCCGAGCUGUUGGACUUGAUCGAGGUCGAUAAGCACCGUCCCCUGUCCAGGGAAGACUUCAAGGCGCUGCGUGCAAGCCAUGAGCAUAAUGUCAGCGGCGUUCUUAAGAGCUGCAGAGUCGUCGCCACCACCCUCAACAAUGCAUGGCAAGAUGUCCUUCGCUGGUCUUCAUUCGGGCCUCAGUUCGUCGUCAGCGACGAGGCCGGGCAGUGCCUAGAAGGCGAUCAGUGCAUCGCACUCACAUUUUCGUCUGUGAGAGGCGUGGUCCUUAUCGGUGACCCCCAACAGCUUCCGCCGACGGUCAUCUCGGAGAACGGGACUAAUGAGGGCGCGCAGUACCUCAAGCGGUCGCUCAUGUCGCGGCUCUAUGCAGCAGGUUACCCCUGUACCAUGCUGGAUAGAAACUACCGGAAUCAUAGCCAGAUUCUGGAGUACUUCAACCGCAGCGUGUACGGCAGCAAGCUACUGUCAGGCCAAAGCAGUGAUGCGCCUGAGAGGGUGGGCAGGGCUUGGGACACCUUCACUCAAGAUCGGCACUACUUCCGCAACAGUGGUCUGGUUGGGGUGCGCCGGCUGUUCAUCGGCGUCAUAGGCAACGCGGAGAAGGCGCCAAAUAGUCUGUCCUGGCAGAAUGUGUCCCAGGCCCACGUGAUCCGACAUCUCCUGCGGGAGUUAUAUCGGUUUCAGACCAGUGGCGGUGACCAGAUUGUGCCUGAUGAUGUCAUGAUCAUCAGCCCGUACAAGGACCAGCAAAAGCUGAUCGGGGAGGUCCUUGCUGAGCACGAAAUCGCGUACCGCGACAAUCUUACGAUUGACGCGGCUCAAGGAUCGGAGGCGCCUCUCGUCAUUUUUUCCAUGACCAAGCCGUCUGCCGAUGCCCGCAAAGUUGGGUUCAUAGCAGACGUGAACCGACUCAACGUGGCGCUCAGUCGGGCGCAGAAAGUUCUUGUGAUUAUUGGCAAUCUCAGGACCUGGAAUGCGCAAGCCAUCAAGGAGCUGAAGGCCAAUGCGCAUAGGCGGAACCGGUGCUUGAUCGGGCGCCUGGAGGAUGUCACUGCAAGGCGGCAUACGCUCACAUGGGCCGAUAUCCGCACCGUGAGCGAGACGGACCCCCCAGGAGGAAGGCCAGUCCAAUAUCUCUCGCACGACCGAAUGAUCCGGCCCCCCCAUCCCACAUUGGCACCGUCAAUUCCCGUGCCCCCCUGGACCGCUCCCCAGGCCCUUCCUCCCCCCCGCUCUCGUGCCCCUCCUCCCCCCCAGUCCCCUCCCCCUCCUCGCUCCGACGCCCCUUUACCCCGGGUUCGCUUGCCUUCGGCUGAUCUCUACGGGCCCUCCGCCGUUGGUCCGUUAGCAGCUCGUGCGGGGCCCCCGACCGAGGAAGAAGACGUGGAGAUGGGUGAAGCAGGCCAGAGCCCUAUGCCGACUACAUCGCCGCCUCACCCCGCCGAUAGCCCAUCCAUGCGCUCUUUGGCCCGCCAUUCAAUCGAACACCAGCCAAGGUCUCGUUCCCCCACUCCCAGCGGCCAACAUGGGUUCCACGAAUAUAGAGAGCGACCGAGCCCCUACCCACACGACCAGCACGACCAGCAUCCGCUGGAAACAGUGGAGCCUUCCGACGACGUCCGAGCUGCUAGAAGGGAACUUGCGGAGAUUGAUGAGGCGAUUAUAGAUCUUGAGAGGCGACGCCUCGAGCUGAGGAGACAUCAAGACUUGCAGCGAUUGCGGGAUGCUGAGAGAAGAGACAAGAAUCGCUAG